UAAUUAUGUAAUAAGAAAGUGCAUUUUCACUUUCUCUUUCUAGACAUCCACUCAGGCAUAUGAUCUUGGUUAUAUUUUUUAAUAUUAUAUGAAUUGUCUGAUAAGUCGUUUAAUAUUAAAACUGUGACCCCCAGGUCAACUGACCCAGAUUAUUUUUGACAACUUCAGUUUCAGUCGAUGUUUUAAGGGUCAUGAACACUCUGACCUAGCAAUUUUUGUUUUAUUGAUUUGUGCCAUCUCGAAGUAGACAUGAAUCUAUCGUCUUUUCUAAUUCAUUUUGUUAUAUUUAUGAUAUCUGCCUUAUUUGGAGAUGUUCUGUGUGGUGAUAUAACAGGUCAAAUAUCUCAAAAUCCUUGGCAUGCAAGGAAUAAUCAUGGACCCAUUAUCGAACCGUACCUUGGAACGAAUUCCAAAUCCACGACACCUUGGCCGUCGCUUGGUCGUCAUACCAACAGACAGAACGUUUUCCCAACCAACACCACCAAGGCUCCAAUGUGGGUUCGCCCCAACAAUGGACCAAAUUGGGUUCGUAACACCCCUGUACCCCCACAAGGCACCAGUAACCGAGAUUUAUUAGGUGUCGUUAGUACUAAGCCAAUGAAUACCAACACAGUUUUUAUAAAUAACGAAAGGGGUGGUACAGCAGGAGGGGUAAUAAUUUCAAGUAUACCCUCGGUUCCAAAUACUCCAUCCCACAACAGAAAUACCAUGCCAGUCCGUAGCAGUGAUAGUAUGCCGUUACGUGGACAGAACAACAAUAAUAGAGCGGGUGGUGUGAUUUCCUCAGGGUCCAUGGUGAAAGGAGCGAUGAACAAUGCAGAGAGACAAAACGGAGGAGAAACUAACCCUACCGAAGUUACCGAUAACGAGCUGAGGGAGUUUGCCGAAGAGUUGCUCAAUAAAGACAUCAACAACGCUGCCGUGCAUGUUACAUUGAAUUUACAAGGAAUGACAACAUCUAGAUCUACUGUUGACCAAGCACCAUUACCAUUGCUUUCCAUUAAUCAAGCAGCUUAUUCUAUACCAUCUAUAUCGAAAAUGAUGCUUCUAUACAACAAUUACAUUUUGAAAGCAAACGAAAAUGAAGUGUACACUGCCCAAGAAAAAGCCGAAGAAAACGAUCUGCUCGAUACGAUUUUAUCUACCCCUGUUAUGCAGCAUGCAAGGAAUUUCUUGAUAAAGAAAGGAAAACUAGGCAGAGACCCUAAAGAAUUCAAGGACCUGUUGCGCUUGAUUUGGUUCAACAUGUAUUCAAGGGGUGGAGGUAGAAUCGGCUCCAGUGGUUUUGAGCACGUCUUUCUAGCGGAAAUUAAGAACAGUCAAGUGUCAGGGUUACACAACUGGAUUUAUUUCCAUGAAGAAGAAAGGAAAAACAAUGCUAAUUAUUUAGGAUAUAUGAAGAAACUCGAUUUGGGAAACAAAGGUGCCAUAGUAAAGUAUCACUUCAAUUUUCAUAACAUCGAUAAACCUGUUGGAUCGAUGUUCGUGGGUACUAGUCCAGAAUUAGAAAUGGCCAUUUAUUCGACUUGUUUCGUCUUGAGAGCUGAUAGGAUAUGUCCUCUGAAAAUGAACGGAAACCGGUUUGUUGUGAGGACUUACACUUAUAGAUAUAGAGGGAAAAAUAUGAUUGGUAGUGCCUUCCCAGAAGUUUGAAUUCAACGUCAUUUUAUUAUUUAAGACUUUCAAGGUCCUUAUUAGUGAUGUCUUAUUGUCUUAUUGCACUAUUAUAUUUUUUUACAAUUA